GCUGAAGUACGACAGAUGAAGAGACAAAAGCAUAUGGCAUCCAUGUGGAAGAAGAUCAGACAAGUGACUGAGGGCAAAGCGCUGCGUUUGAGCAGUUCUCACACCAAGUGUCGGCUGGAUGGUGUGGUCAGGAUCUUCUCUGAGAUGAGCGGCGGUGCGAAGCAGACCGUGGGACAUGGACGAGAGGACAACACAACUUACGACCGAUGCAGGCAGCUGAGACUUACUCUACAAGAUCAACAUCAGUCAGGCUUCACCUCAGAGAGACUCAGCAAUAAGGUGAGCAGCAGAGCAGCGCUUCCACAAACACCAGAAGAGCAGGAGGGAACGCUUGAAUUCAUCACCCCCACAGAGGAAAAAAUUGAAGUGAUUAAGGUUUACCUUGAAGCCUGUCCAGAGAGAACAAAGAGUGUCAGGAUGAUAACAGAUGAGGUGUCGCAGAUUCAGGAGGUGAGAUACUGUCUGAAGACUCUGAGAGAGCAGAUGGCGGCCAGGCAGAAUAGUAACAACCACAAGUAUCCAGCCAAUGGCUUCAAAGUCAACAUAUCCAGCAGCCAACCAACUGUUUCCAAUGGCAAUGCUGUUCUCAUUGAGUCAAAUGCUCAUGUUGCAGAUAAUCAGGAGGAGACUGCAAAGCUGAGGGAGGUAACCAAGCGUCUGUAUGCACAGCUGAAAGAGAUGGACAAGAGACAUCAGGAGGAGAGGGAGCGACUGCAGGCAGAGUCCAAUGAGUACCACACUCGUUUGAUUGUGCAGUCGGAGCGGCUACAGAAGGUGGAGGAGCAGUCGGAGGAGAGAGGUCUGCAGGUGGAGGAGCUGCAGCGGCUGGUGGGAAGCAUGGAGAUCGAGAGCAGCACUCUCAAAGACAAGAUGGCGGAAGGGGAGGCAGAGCUGUUGCAGCUUAAAGCAAGCAGGGAGGACGGAGACGAGAACGAGCAGAAGUGUGUUCAGUUGGAGAAGGAGGUGGCUGCCCUGAAGGAAAAGAUCCACCACCUUGAUGACAUGUUAAAGAGUCAGCAGAGGAAGGUCCGCCACAUGAUUGAACAGCUGCAGAACUCCAGGACAAUCCUCCAAGAGAGAGAUCGAGUCAUUAUGGACCUGGAGGAGAAGGUGGCCUUCCUGGAAGCAGAGAACAAAGAGAUGCAUGACCACAUGGAAUAUUUCUUGUCAGGACAGAAUCCACCUCCCCUGACGUCCACUGAGAACAAACCAGAAAUCGUUUACAGUAAACAACUCACACCAACAUCACUGAGCAGCAAGGCCCUCCCAUUCAUCAAAGUCAUUGAGAUCAAGUCCUGAAUGGAUUGUCAACUGGGCGGUCAGAAGUAAAGAACUGUACAUUUAUACUUGUAUUUAAUCACUUACUACCAGUGGAACAUAAAACAAAGGUUUGACAGGUUUGACAACAUGUUCUCAUGAUGAUACUGUUGUGGGUUUUCUCAGUUUUAAACAGAAUCUUCAUGAGGAAUUCAAACUAAGAUGCAAAUGUAGGUAAAACCCUGAACAGGAAACAAAGCAGGAGCAGGACAAAACAUUUUACUGAACUACUUGGAUGAACAUAUUCAACAUAGACACUCAUAUUAGAACAAUGUGCAUUACUGCAUCACAGCAGGUUUUAAAGAUGCGGUGGUAGAUGUAAGUUUCCUGUGUCAUUGUUUUACACCUCUACUUCUCUCUCAUAAAGAUUCUGAUAUAAGCAGUUUUAACAGGUCAAUAUAAAAUAUUAUAAAUUAUGUGUCAGUAGUGUUUGGAGUUGUUGUUGUUUAUGGCUCUGGUACACGUACACAUGGGCAAAUGUGCAUAUAUUUACAUUAUUUUGAGUGUUUUCUGCACUCCCUUCAUUCUGCAGCUUCCUUGACCGCAGUCCUCAGGGGUUCAGGGUCAAAUUACUCAGUGCUUUGCACCAUGUUGCCAAUGAGCAGGCAGCCAGUUGGCCAUGAUUUAUGUUUUUCUUAAAUACUUUUCACUUUACCUUAAACAGGUUCAAAUAAGUAUGAGUCAUAUUUUGACCUUUAUUUCAAUUUGCUUGCAGAUACUUCAUAGAGGCGUUGUGUAGAGACAUAGAAUAGAUUCCUGAGAGUCCUCAUCUCUGCUGCCAAAUUCUGUUUCAUCACACUUUCUAUCGAUUGUUUUAAAUAGUUAGAUAGUUGCUUAUUUAAUAAUAGUAUAAACCACAUAACCUUUCACUGUGAACCUUGUAGAAAGUGAAACUGUAUUUCUGACUGUGUGCUUUCAUUGUAGAUUUUGUUCAUUUCUAUUUAAGUACAAUAAAAGAUCUGGGUCUGA